AUGUCUCACCGCAACAUCUGCAUUACCGCCAUCGACGGCAACACCGGCUCCAGCAUCGCCAAAUAUAUCCUCGAGCACGAGAACUUCAAGAAGAAAGUCGGCACGAUCACGGGCCUGGCCCUCAACCAGAACGCACCCCUCGCCAAGGAGGUCCAAAAGCUAGGCGUCAAGAUCGUGCAGCACAAGCCCGGCCGCGUCAAGCAGAUGGUCGAGCAGUUGAAGUCGACGGGCGCGGACACGAUCUGUCUGAUCCCCCCUGCUUCGGAGAAGAAGAUGGAUAUCACGCGCGAACUGGUCGACGCGACGAAGAAGGCCGGGAUCCCGAACGUCUGUUUCAUCAGCUCCGCGGGCUGUGACUUGGCAGACCCCCAGAAGCAGCCCCGGCUGAGAGAGUUCAUUGAGCUGGAGACAAUGGUGCUUGCUGCGAAGGGCGAUCCCGAUACCCAGACGGGUCAUUCGCCCGUAGUGAUUCGGCCGGGCUUCUACGCCGAGAAUCUCCUCCUGUAUGCGCCCCAGAUGCAGCAGGAGCAGAGCAUUCCGCUGCCGAUCGGGGACAAGCAUAAAUUCGCGCCGAUGGGUAUCACGGACCUCGCGCAUGUUGCGGCUCAUGUCUUGACCGGCAAAGGGAAGCAUGGAUUCAGUGACAAGCAUCGAGGCCAGUUGAUGGUGCUUACUGGACCUCUGCUUUGUGCGGGAGAGGAGCUCGCGACAGCAGCGUCACAGGCACUGGGCACGGAGCUCGAGUUCGAGGACAUUUCCGAGAACGAAGCUCGCUCCAUUCUCGAAGAACAAUCGUCCCUUGACCCCUCUGAAAUCCAAUACUUGCUCGAGUACUACUCCCUAGUCCGCGAUGGCAAGACUAACUACAUCUCCACGACGGCGUAUCAUGACGUGACAGGUCAGCAUCCACUGGAGCCGCCGGAGUUCUUCAAUGAGAUGAAGAAGGUGUUCGAGAACGGGGGCGAAAAUGGGAAUCAUGAAGACGGACCGCCUGGCAAGAAGAGGAAGGUAGCGUCGAAGUAA